AUGGAGUUCAGCUCAUUGCAGCUCUUUCCUGGAGGUUUUCAGUGGGGGCUUGCUCAUCCGCAGAAGAAAGAAGAUCAACAAUCAGAAGCUAAAGCAAGUCCAAAAAAGUCAUCAGAACCCACUAUUGACCUUUUAGGACUUGAUGGUCCAGCUGAAGCAUCUGUUACAAAUGGAGGCACUGCUGCUGUCACAGCGCUGAAUGAUGACCUCGAUAUCUUUGGUCCCAUGAUCUCUAAUCCUUUACCAGCAGCUGCUGUACCUCCUGCUCAGAGUACUUCCACUAAACCAGCAGCUGCCGCCUUGUCUGCAGCAUCUGGGGAUCUUGAUCUCUUCACUGAGCAAACAACAAAAUCCGAAGAGUCAGCAAAGAAACAACUCUCCAAAGACUCCAUCUUAUCACUGUAUGGCACAGGAACCAUGCAGCAGCAAAAUGCUCCGGGUAUGUUCAUGGGGUCGUCUUCUAUGCCAUUUACCACACAACCAUCAACUCAUUUUCAAGGCUUUCCAGCCAUGGGAGUUCCUGUGCCUGCAGCAACUGGGAUGAUGGGAAACAUGAUGGGACAAUCGGUGCCAGUCAUGGGACAGAGCACAGGCGUGAUGGUAGGAAUGGGAAUGCCCAAUGGAUUUACUGGUACUACACAAACUGGUGUGAUGGGACUUCCUCAAAAUGUCGUUGGACCUCAAGGUGGAAUGGUGGGACAGAUGGUCACGCCACAAAAUAAGUAUGGAUUGCAACAAAACCAACAAGCUCAAUGGAACCUCUCUCAGAUGAAUCAGCAAAUGGCUGGAAUGACCCUCAGCAGUUCCAGCAACGUGAUGGGCUUUGGCCAGCCCCCCAGCACAGCGGCAGGAUGGACUGGAAGCUCCUCUGGUCAGACUCUCAGCACACAACUGUGGAAAUGAAAGUUGCAAGCAAAGUCUCACCCAGAACAGCCACCUAACAUUCCUUGUUCAAAUGCAUUUACUUUCGCUGUUCCUUCCAUGUACAUACUCUUUUUCUUUUUCCCCAGCUGUUCAGAUUAAGAAUAUAACUGACUGACCGUGUUGUGGUCUAUAUUGAUUUAAACUUGAUGUAGUGAAAAGCAGAUCAAGAAUACAUUUCUACAUCAUUGGCAGCGUUUUCAUACAAUGCAUAUGAUUUCGUUGACCAUGUGAUUUCAUUGACCAUAUAUUUAAUAAGCUGCUUAACCACAUACUGAUUUCUUUUUUCCCCUCAAAAUUCUAGAUCAAAUGUUUGCAUAUAAGGGAUGUAGCUCUCAUGUUAGUACUAUCCAAAAAUACAAACCCUGACCCCCCAAAACUACCCAGUAAUCCUGUAGACGGUACUGUAUGAACAAAUGUUUAAUCAUAUAUAAAUAGAAUGUAAAUGUAUCACUGAGCAAUGUUUUCUAGUGGAUCAAACAAACUUUGUUUCAUCAUACAUUUCACUGUGAUGUUAUUAUGGUGUGCAUAACAGGGAAUAUGGUUAUUGGAAGAAAGAUAAACCUGGAUGUUGCUGUAGUUCUACAAAUCAAUAGUUUAUUCUUUUAAAAAUGAGCAUUUGAUCCAUUUGAGUUUCCUGUGUUAAAGUAUCCAAUCUGGCUCACGAGGCACGUACACAGUAUUAAUGCUGAGAACUAGCGGCACAGUAUGUACACAAGGUAACUCAAUGUGAACAGAUCUAUUUUUCCUUGCAGAGAUAUCCAGGUUUAUGACAGUGAUCGUGUUUACAUUUUAUGGUGCCUCGUAAUGAUAAAAUGUUAUUUCCCUAUAUUAAAAGGAUAAAUCCAUAAA